AUGCCCUCACCACCACCCACAACAACUGACCUGAUGAAACCAUCGUCGGAGAAUUCGAUAAUUUCAACUUCCAGCAUUUUCAACCUCCGAGAUCUCAAUACAAACAACUCUCAAGCUUCAGACGAUGCAUUCAUCCAAAUUAAAUGUUACAGCUCUCAACACAUCAACAUUCAAAUAGGUAUGACCAUCAGUUUCGGAAUUAUAUUGCCUUCCUUGAUGAUCGCUAUCAUUAUCUUGACAAUUACGUGGCUGAAACUCAAAAAACAGUCCAAAAAAAUUACAUCUCUUACGAGGCAAGUUGAAAGAGACUUAACCUAUCAAAAAAUCACUUGCCUCGCGGACACCGAUGAUUCAAUCAAUCCGAACAAGACUGAAGACAGCGUGAGGCCAUACACUUCUUUAUUUUUUGGCCAGAGCCGGAUUUAA